GCGCGCUGGAUUCUCAGCCUUCCUUACCGAAAAGCCGAGUAUUUCCCUGCCUUUUCUGCCCAACCGCCACCUCCCUUGCACUUACUUAUUCUAUCCCCAGGAAACCCCUUGACGUUUUUCCUCCUUCCUUAUAGUUUUGUUUUCGUCUUUUAUUCACAGACUGAACAACUGGUUCAUGCACUGUUGCUUAUUUGGAUUUGUCCGACAUACGAGGGACGGUGGAUGAGCUGCUUUCGCCAAAACCGGAGAUGGAAUUGCUGAUAAUAUGCCUUUCCUUAUGGAUGUUGCAAUGCAAUUCAGUGGCGAGCGCGGACUCCAUCAUUCACAUCGGUGCCAUAUUCGAGGAGAACGCAGUGAGGGAUGACGAGGUUUUCCAGCUGGCGAUCUCAGACCUCAGUCUCAACGACGACAUUUUGCAGAGCGAGAAAAUCACACACUCCAUAAAACUUGUCGAGGCGAACAACCCUUUCCAGGCGGUCCAGGAAGCCUGUGAGCUGAUGACCCAGGGCAUCCUGGCCCUGGUCACCUCAACGGGCUGUGCAUCGGCCAGCGCCCUCCAAUCCCUGACGGACGCCAUGCACAUCCCGCACCUGUACGUCCAGCGGAGCGGCGAGGGCUCGCCACGCACCGCCUGCCAGCUCAACCCCAGUCCUGAUGGCCAGCGCUACACCUUGGCAGCGCGCCCACCCGUCCGCCUCAACGAAGUCAUGCUCACGCUGGUCAGCGAGCUGCGCUGGCAGAAGUUCAUUGUCUUUUAUGACAAUGAGUAUGAUAUCCGUGGCCUACAGAGUUUCCUGGACCAGACAUCUCGGCAGGGGCUGGACGUAUCUCUACAGAGAGUGGACAGGAACAUCAGUAAGGUCUUCUCGAACCUCUUCAACACCAUGAGGACAGAGGAGCUCAACCGUUACAGGGACACUCUGAGACGUGCCAUCCUACUGCUCAGCCCCCGAGGAGCAGAGGCCUUCAUCCAACAGGCUGUUGAAACCAACCUGGCUUCCAAGGACAGUCACUGGGUGUUUGUCAAUGAGGAGAUCAGCGACACAGAGAUCAUGGAGCUGGCACACAGUGCUUUGGGGCGGAUGACAGUGAUUCGUCAGAUCUUUCCUCUGUGGAGGGACAGCAACGUGCGCUGCAUGAGGAACAACCACCGCAUCUCCUCCCUGCUCUGUGACCCACAGGAAGGAUACCUACAGUCACUGGAGGUGUCCAACCUGUACCUGUAUGACAGCGUGCUGGCGCUGGCCAAUGCCUUCCACAGGAAGUUGGUGGACAGGAAGUGGCACAGCAUGGCCAGUCUCAACUGUAUCAAGAAGUCCACCAAGCCAUGGAACGGAGGCUGGUCCAUGCUGGAGAACAUCCAGAUGGGACAUAUCACAGGUCUCACAGGAACAAUGGAUUUCAAAGCGAAUGGAUCCAAUUCGCAUGUUCAGUUUGAAAUUCUGGGCACCAGCUUCAGCGAGACGUUUGGAAAAGACGUGAAAAGGCUGGCUACGUGGGACUCAGUCCAUGGUCUGAAUGGGAGCCUGAAGGAGAGUCGCAUUGAGAACGGCAUGCAAGGAGUGACGGUCAAAGUAGUAACACUACUGGAGGAUCCCUUCGUCAUGGUUGCUGAGAACAUCCUUGGUCAGCCCAAGCGGUACAAAGGCUUCUCCAUCGACGUGCUCGACGCCUUGGCCAAGAUCCUGGGCUUCAAGUACGAGAUCUACCAGGUGGCCGACAGCAAGUACGGCUCGCAGCUGCCUAAUGGCUCCUGGAAUGGAAUGAUCGGGGAGCUUAUAAACAAAAGAGCUGACCUGGCCGUGUCAGCCAUUACCAUCACUCCAGAGCGGGAGAGUGCGGUGGACUUCAGUAAGCGCUACAUGGACUACUCUGUGGGGAUCCUGCUGAGGAAACCAGAGGAGAAGAUCAACAUCUUCUCACUGUUCGCUCCGUUUGACCUGGCCGUGUGGGGGUGUAUCGCUGCAGCCAUCCCCGUGGUGGGAGUUCUCAUCUUCCUGCUAAGCAAGAUGCAGUCACUGAGGACCCAGAAUCCUCCAGUGCCACACCAGCAGCCCGCCACACAGGCGUCCAACUCCCUGUACAGUGCUAUAUGGAUAGUCUAUGGAGCCUUUCCCGGUGAGCUGAAGCCAGGAACCCAGGCCCGGUACAUCAUCACAGAAAUUAAAUGA